CUCCCCACCUCCCGCCGCCUUCUUCGUCUUCCUCGCACAACGCGCCGCCCCCCGCCCAACGCGCCGCCCCCCGCCGCUCCGCCGAGUCCUAGUCUCCGAGGCCCACACAACACGCCGCCGCUCCUCCGACUCCGCGGCCUCCCCGCUGCGCCGGCCAGCUAACGCUUUACAGGAGGGACAUGGGAGAACCGAGCAAGGAGCUCCUGGACCUGCCUUCCGAACCCAGGCCGGCCGCCUCCUUCAUCGGUGGGCUUCCCCCCUCUCUGACCCUCUUCUCUCUGGCCUCGACUUUUAAUUUCUUCUCGACGUUUUGGUCCGUGGAACUGGCAGAGUCGCUUCUCGCUGGCAGGGACCAGCAGCAGCAGGACAAGGAAGGGAAGCGCAAGCCGGAGCCGCCCACUGCCCCGCUUCCCAAAAGUCAAGUUCUUGGGAAAGUGAAGGAUUUCUUGGGCGAGAUUGCAAAGGCGAACCAGAAGUUGCAGCUCGACUCACAAAACAAGCCUCCUGAGGAAUAUGAUAUUGAAGCCCUUACUGGGAACGAGAAGGAGUACAUUGAGAUGGAUUUACUUCUUGGUGUUGCUGAUCUUCAUUCGGAGCAAGCUGUGGAGGCUGCUGAAGCAACAGUGAAUGGCUUCCAGCCUUCAGGAAUGCCAUUUCCUUGCAGCUCAUCUGACUCGGAAGAUGAUAGUGAUGAGAGUGAUGAAGAUGGUGGUGACAGACCUAUUGUGUCUGACAAAGGUAAAUGUAAAGGUCCAGAUGAAGCUGUGACAGAUCCAGCAGAACGAAAGAAGCCCAACAAAAGACAGAAGAUUGUUGUUCUCAACUAGUGUCCUUGAGUAAAAUAAGAGUAGGAGUGGUGCUCUCAGAAAGCACAUUGUAUGAGAAUGUGUCCAAGGCCUGGUAUCACCAGAAGUUACUAUUUCAGUGUUGUAUUAUGUUCAGAUCAACUAUCAUAAGGGCUAGAUGAUGCCAUUUAAGGCCCUGCUCCACUUAUACAAUGCGUACCAAUGCCGUUCUUUCCUUUUUCCUUU